UAAUUGAUGUAUUUGAAUGAUAUGAUUGAUAUUUGUUUGUUUGGACACAAUUUAUAUGACAUUCAUUUGAAUACCUAUUGAAACUGUGAAACACAACAACAUAUAUAUGGACUUCAAUAGCGAUACGAUUGCAUCCAUAUUGAAGACCACAUCCAAUGAAAUAUUUGUCAAUUUGUUAAAUAAAAUCGGCGGCGAUAAAGAUCUCGUAUUGAGUCCACAAUUGAUCUCAACUUUUGAUCAGAUAUUUGGUUUCACAUUAUUGAAGAAAAAUGGUGUCCAAAAGAUAUUCAAAUUGGAUUCAAUGGCUAAGAGUUUUAGUUCAAAAAAAAUAUGUUUUGUCAUUCAACCAAUCAUUUCUGAGACCCGAUUAGUGGCCACAGCUAUUACAGCGGACCGACAGAGAGGCGAUGAAGACACCAAAUAUUGGGUUAUAUUUGUACCACAAAAGAAUUUCAUGUGCGAUGAAUGUCUUGAGAGUGAAGGCAUCUAUGAAUUCAUAACAAUAAUGGACUUUCCAUUGGGACUCAUUCCUCUUGAUGUCGACCUAUUCUCACUUGAAUUACCUCAGCUGUACUACAAUACAUUUUUGGUUGGAGACCUGAGUGGUGUCAAUCAUAUCUGUAAAAGUUUGUCACAAUUACAGACACUGAUUGGUCGAAUACCGAGGGCUUAUACUAAAGGCAAAUACGCCGACAUUGUGGCCGACUAUUUGCUUCAACAGUCAGCAAACAAGACAGAAGAAUCGCUAUCUAUUGGUAAUUCAUUGUUUACGGAUCUAAUUCUAGUUGAUCGCGACGAAGACUAUGUCUCACUAUUAUUAUCUCAAUUAACUUAUAUGGGAGUUAUGGACGAAAUGUUUGGCAUUAAAAACGGAAAAGUUGAAUUUGGUCCCGAAGUCACCAAAAGUGAUGAUAAAAACAAUGCUAAACACAAUCUAUCAGUUGAUCUCAUUUUUGAUGACAUUAAAGACAUGCCAUUUUCAUCAGUAUUUGUUAGUCUUAAAGAAAAGGGUCAAAAACUGAAACAAGUAUAUAAUAAAAGCCAUACAAUGGAUAUAAAGGAUAUGAAAGACUUUGUUACUAAUCAGUUAAAGGGUCUCCAAAAUCAACACAAAUCCCUUGUUUUACAUAUCAGCGCCUCUGAGACCAUUAUGGAGAACAAAAAGGAGGUUUGUUUUGCGGAACAGUUGACUGUUGAACGAAAUCUUAUUGAAGGCAUCGACACAAAGGCGAGUCUCGAGUUUAUUGAAGAAGGAAUUAUACGACAAUUUAGUGAUACUUUAUCUUUAAGACUGAUAUGUCUCUAUAGUAUAACACAAUCAGGAAUAUCAACUAAAGACUAUCAAAAUCUGGUUAAACUAUAUGUUGACAGUUACGGUCAUAAACACAUUUCCGUAUUUUUCAAUUUAACUAAAUUGGGUAUAAUUGUGGAGAACUCGUCGCCGACGUUCAACAUCCAACAAGUGGCCAAUCCUCGUAUUGCAUCCAAUAUGAGAUCAUUAUUGUUGCGCCCGAACGAUUCGUCGGUUCGCAAAUUUCGGCAAACCAUAAAAAAAUUGAAUCUAAUUCCACAAAUUGAUGGCCAGGCCUACGAUGUCCGUAAUCCGAAAGACUGUGCCUACGUUUUCGGCGGCGCUUACAUCCCAUUAAUUACACGAAUUGUUCAAUUGGUUUGCGACUCGAAGAAUAGCAACGAAGAAAUUAAUCGUCUGCUGAACGGAAAGUUUGUUAAUCUUAACCAACGAAUAGAUGCCACAAAUUAUGCAAAACUGAUGCCUAUAAAAGUGAUACUAUUGUUCAUAAUCGGCGGCAUCACCUAUGCAGAGGUAGCGGCAGUUAGAUUUCUGGCCAAACAAUUGGGAAUUCAGAUAAUCAUUGCCACCACAUGUAUUACUAAUGGUUCGCAAUUUUUGAAACAAUUGAUGCCAUCAAUAAAGUAAUAGU